AUGGCUGCUGUGAUAGAAACUUCACCCUUAAGCAGUAUUGGAGGGUCCGUGCAGGCGCCCACAGUGCCCACCCUCCUGAUCAAGAGCCCCGAGGUCGGCGGCGGCACCCGCGGCUCCACCACGGACUCCCCCAGCCAGCGCCGAGGCCACGCCGACUCCUCCACCAAAACCCUGCGCUCCGUCAAGACUUCGACCUCCAACACGACUGGUUCCUCUACUCCUGGCUAUGGCUAUAGCAGUUCCCAUAAACCUGUGAUGGUGAACGGACCCAGCGUGAAGGCCCUGGUCACCAGCAGCGCCAACACAGCCUCGCCAACACUCCGUCGGGAGGCCGCAACACCGAGCCUCCUGCUUCCUGGACGACGCCGGCGGGGGCUUCGUGUCCGACUCAGCCGAGUCCAAUCUUCGGUGACAUCAGGCAUCAGCGUUGGUAGCUCCAGUACAUCAACUGCGGUAAUGAGUGACACAAAUGGCUACAUCAACUCCUUCGACCAGGGAUCAGUCAAGAUCAAUGGGUCCCACAAUGGCGGCUCAUACAUGGAUAGCAUGCACAUAAAUGGCGGUGGGAACAAGACAUGCCUCCCACUCAAUGGCUACUCUACAAAGGGCAGUGGGAUUAUUGGACCUCUGUCAAGUGAAUUUAUCCCAAUAACCAACAAUAAGAUCAGCAGCCAGAUGAAUAAUGGAAAUAAAGGCCAUCAGCUCAGCAGCUUCCAAAAUGGCCGCACAAAUACCUUUGACCAAGAAUAUAUUAGUGGAUGUGUGUUGAAUGGUCAUAUGAAGGACAGUGGAAACAGCACUGGGAACUUCAGAACCUUUGGCAAUGGCCACCUAAAUGGUUUUUCAAAGGUUUCUCUCAAUGGUCACGUGAAAGACCACUCCAGUGACUGCUAUGAGGUGGAAAGUAGCAGCAGUAAUAACAGUAAGAAUGUAAUGUUCAAGUCUGAUAAAUCACAGUUGAGGAACAACAAAAAUGUUGAUACAAAGGUUAGUGGAAACAGUGAGAGCGAUAACAGUGGAAGUGAUGUAACAAAUGGUAAAGCCAAGAAAGGUGAAGCAGGUGAUGAAAUUAGCACUGAACUGUGAUAGUUGUGUGUUGUUCUGUGUGUAUAUAGAGUUUAUAUUUUGUUACUGAUUUUAUGAGCUGUAAAUGCCUUGUUGUAAGUGCCAAAUGUUGAAUUGAAAUUUGAGAGUUAAUUUAACAUAGAUAAGGAUGGUAGCAUUAAAAAAAAAAAACAUUUCUACAAAGUAAUGUUAUGUACGUACAUAGAUCUUUUAGUUGGGGAUGUACAGUAGGCAACUUGUAAAUAUGGUGAACUCAAGUAAAGAUUACAGUUAAGAUUUGGUCAGGUAAGGCAAAAAUAUUUCAAAUCAGCAUAUAUUUAUAUAUAUGCAUAUGUAUAGGUAUAUAUUUAUAUAUGUAUAUAUAUGUAUAUAUAUUUAUUAUGUGUGUGCUGUGCCCUAAAGAGGUUUAUGUAUGUAUGACAAAAAAGUAAACAUUCAGUUAUUGCUUCUCAUGGCAGUGGUUUGCUAGGAUCUCUAAGCAGUCAGCUCUCAUGGAACGUUAGUGACCGCUUAGUCUUAGCUUUACUCAUGUUCUAACCCAUCUCCAUGGCCAGACCUGACCAACUUUUUUCAUCAUUUCUGAUCUCAAGAACUCCCAGAAACCCAAAGUUCUCUCCUUUCCCCUUGCAAGGGAAGGUUGAUGUAGAGAAACAAUCACUAAUUAUGAAGUAAGUUAAUGCAAGAGGACUAGGAUGGAUAACAGUAAAUGUGAUGGUGGUGUUAUGUAAAUAUAGUAGGCUAUCGCGCUACCUCGUGUUUGAAAUUUUGUUCACAUUCAUUGUAGCCUUUAAAAUCUAGUUUAUAUGACCUAGAACUGUCUGCUUCUGUGCUAUCAUAUCAUGUAAGUAAAAUUAGUUUUCUGCCUCUUUUUACAGUCUAACCCCUACUUAUUAUAAAAGCUCAUUGGCUUUACUAUUAAAUGUUGCAAAUGAUGCAUCAUCAUUGAUAAUUGCGAGUAGCAGCGAGAGUCAUGUAUAUUCAAAUAAACUACACAAGCGGGACAUGUUUCUUGGAUCUUGCACUUGUAAAUAUGCUAUAUAACCUGCACUCUUUAUAUCAAAAUUUGUAGGUAGUUGUUCAGUUGAAAACUGAUUUUUUUUUGUCACUGGUUGCAGCACCAAUGUGUGUCCUGUAAUAUGUACAACAUAUUUUUCUUUCAUUCUUUCUUCUUUAUAAGUAACUUUAUACUAACAUUUUAUCAUGUGGCUGUGGAGUUCAUGUAAUAUGCAAUUUUGUGAGCCGUAGCAGGCGUCAUAAAAGUAAAUUUAAACAAAAUUGAAAAAAAAUGUUCAUAUAAUUGUUUUCUCCUGUUAUAAACAGCUGCACCAUGCCUGUAGCAUAGAAAUAAACACUACCUAUGUUA